AUGUCCAAGGAGACGGUUACUCUUUCAGAGAUGACACGUGAAGAGCUAGAGACGUUUCUUGAGUUCUUGUACAAGGGUUCGCUUCCGGAUGCAAAGCUGGUGCAGCACCACCGUAGUCUCUACCUAUCUGCCCAUAAAUACGAGAUUCCAUACCUCCAAGAUCUCUGCAGAAAGGAGCUCAUCAGCACCAUUGACGUAUCAAAUGUAUUUCACAAGCUCGAUCUUGCAAAGAAAUACUCGGACAAGAUCCUAGAGGCUGCUGUAUCUUGGUUUAUCGAAUCACACGUGGUAGAGGUUGCCUUCUCGAGUAAGUUCGAGUCGUUUGUGGAGAGUUAUCCGGCGCUUGCUGUUGAAACGUUUAGGGUUCAUAUGAUGGUCAGACGAUUAUCUAAGAUUCUUGAUGACAACGGUUUACGUAAGGAAUCAAUCUCAAGCAGCAUAUCAAACGCAGUUCUCAAACAUUCAGAAUCAGAUAAACGAUGCAUUGGAGGAAAUGGCAAUAUUAACAUGUGA